UAUGAAAAGAAAGUGGACAUGAAUUUAAGAGAUUAUGAUGGACGUACUGCCUUGCACCUUGCAGCUGCCAACGGACAUGUGGAAGCUGUUGAAUUUCUUGUCAACGAGGCAAAGGUUACUGCUGCAAUACCAGACAGAGAAAACCGACUUCCAAUAGACGAUGGGACUGAAAAAGUAAAAAUGAUUUUGGAGGAUUGUAAGAACAAUACAGUGCAAAAGACUAAGCUAACACCAAAAGAGGAAACAUUGACAAUUCUAAUGACAGCUGCUUCAAAGGGAAAUUUACAUAAACUUGAUGACUUUAAGUAUAAAUAUUUCAAAAUGGACAGUGGUGAUUAUCUUAAAGAUACACCUCUACAUGUUGCUGCUGCUAAAGGAAAGAUAAAGGAUGUCAAGUAUCUCUUAAAUGAAAGACAAGUCUCACCAUUUGCUCGAAACAGCUUUUUGAAAAUGCCGGUAGAUUUACUGAAUGAGAAAAUAAACUUUUGGCAUCAAAAAGGAAAUACAUUACGCAAAAAGGAAUUUGAAGAAGUAAAAGAAGUACUGCAAAAGGCAAUGGAUGAAGCCUCUAAUGAAGAUAUAGAUAUAGAGGAAGACAAAAACUUCAUCAAACAUUCAGAUGAAGAAAGGAUAUUUCUAUUUCUUAAUAGAGCCUGUAAAGGUGAUUUAAAGACAAUUCGCAGGUACUUAAAGACAGACCCAACACUUUGUAAUAAAACUGACUAUGAUAAAAGAUCAGCAUUACAUAUGGCAGUAGCAGAGGGACAUAUUCACUUGCUUAAGUUUCUUCUGAAUCAAAACAUCAUGAAUAAGGAUGUGGAAGACAGAUGGAAAUGUACACCUUACGAUGAGGCAGUGAAUAGGAAAGAUAAUGACAUGAUUGAGCUGUUGAAAAAGUAAUUUCCUCAAUCUAUUGUAUAUGAAGUUAUUGACAUUUCUGUUACAUGUCAUCUAAAUGUUGCCUCACUGAACUGUCACAUGAUAAAUGACAGCAUAUUUUGCCAUGCAUUUAUUGUAAACAAUUUUAAGGAUAUAUGCAACUGCAUAGAGUGAAUCAGAAAAAUACACUUACUUUAAAUGCAAUAAGAAGGAUCAGUACAGGGUUUUUUUUCACACAAAGAAAAUAAGGCAUUUUUUUUAUUACACUACUACUACUUAUAAAUACUGCAGAUGAAAUAACAAGAAAUGUUUGUCUGUUUCACUCAUGAAUUAAAAAAUGUUUUAAACAAUUUUGUACACAAUUAUAAUUUAGCAAAGAAAAAAGUUUCAAAAAGGUAUAGUUCAUAGUCUUAUUCAGGAACUAUCUGUGUUAUAAUAUUUUUUUAACUAAAGUCAGCCACUCUCACAAACAGUGUUUCAUAAGAAAAAAUUUCUAUUGUACAUUAUUAACAGUGAAUGAAUUUUGAUCCAUUCAAUAGUGCUCUUACUUAAGUAAAAAUUGGACCAACAAUGUUGGAUUUUUUUUUAAAUAGAUAUUUCCAAUAUGUGUACAAUGUUGGAUAAAUGUUGUUGUAUUAUUGAAGUGCAAGUGAGGUCUUUGUUCAGUGUUGUGUUGGACAGACGCUUCAAAAGACUAGUCACUUUUCUAUUGUAUUUUACAAAGAGUGACAUCAUUUUAUGCAUGUUACUAAGUCUGUCAAUUUAUAGAUGUUAGCAAUGAUUUUAUUUUUGCUU